AUGGAAAAGACACCUAAAUUACUUGAUGGUAAAGGCUAUGGCAUGAUUGCAAAAUGUGAUAUUUCAUAUGGAUCAAUAAUUCUUACUGAAAAACCGUUAAUGAUUAUCCAUUCGAAUCAAUUAUCAAAUAUAAAAGAUGAAUACGAAAAGAUUAGUCCAGAGAAGAAACAUUUUAUUGAACAAUUAUAUGGGUACGAUGAAGAUUUGUUAAAUGUUAUAAAUAUGAAUUGUUAUGUGUUAGAAGCGGAUACUCGUUCUGCUCUAUUCUAUUAUUUAUCAUUUAUUAAUCAUUCGUGCGAACAAAAUGCGUUUUAUCGUUGGAAUUUUGAACAAGAAGAAAUGACUUUAAUUGCUGAUAGAGAUUUAAAGUGUAAUGAAGAAAUCUUAAUUAGUUAUAUUGAACCAUUUCAGUUGAAACGUUUAAGACAAGAGAGAUUAAGUUUUCAGUAUGGUUUCUAUUGUCUUUGUCCGUUAUGUCAUCGACAAUCUUUUGAUAAAGAGCAUGAUCAAAAAUGGAGUGAGUAUCUAAAUGAAUAUAAGACAAUGUUAAAAUUAGCUGAAACGGAUCCAGCAAAUUGUUUAAAAAAAUGUCACGAAUUGUUUAUGUUUAUCAAACAUGAAUAUCACUCGAGUUAUGUCCAAAUGGAACAGUUAGAAAAAGCAUUGACAUACAUGGAUCUAUGCAAUAGUAGUCUAUAG